AUGGGAAAUCAUCUCCCCUCAUUAAAUGCACAUCGCAUCCUCAUACAACAUACAACAAUGGUGGAUCAGAGGAAACUAGAAUCUGUAAUCGACUGCCACACCACCGUAAGCCACCAUCAACAGCCAGUCAUUAUGGAAAAUAACCAAGAACAACCCUCAACGGAAGAUUCAAACAGAUUGCAUUCAUCCAUAAUAAUCAAGAUCAAUGCUGGCUACUUCAGGAUAUGCAUAUCUGCUGGUGCCCAAGCUUUACUUUGGAAAAGUAUAAACCAACACCACCGGACCUCAAACCUCCACACCAUUAUCGCCACCACCUCCACAGUCUUCUGGUGCCUAACGCUAUGCACCCUCGUGUCUCUCUCUCUUCUCUACAUAAUGAGAUGCAUUUUCCACUUUGACCUCGUGAAAGCCGAAUGUCGUCACCAUGUAGGCAUGAAUUAUUUGUUUGCACCUUCGAUUUCAUGGCUUCUGUUACUUGAGUCCACCCCUUUGUUCAUUUUCCCAGAUAAGCACGCAUAUGGAUACAUAUGGUGGUUGCUAAUCGUUCCAUUGUUGGCUCUUGAUGUUAAGGUCUAUGGGCAGUGGUUCACGGCUGAGAAGCGGUUUCUCUCUAUCAUGGCUAACCCUACGAUCCAAAUAUCUGUAAUAGGGAACUUGGUAGCAUCGUUAUCAUCCCAUGUAGCAGAUGAGACAAGAUGGAAGGAAAUUCGGAUUUGUCUGUUUACAUUUGGGAUGAUACAUUAUGUAGUGGUGUUCAUCACGCUUUACCAGAGGUUAUCAGGGAGUAAUCAUAUCCCGUCUAAUCUCAGACCUGUUUUCUUCCUCUUUGUAGCCACACCGAGCAUGGCUACAUUAGCUUGGGAAUCCAUUAAUGGAAGCUUUGAUAUCAUUUGCAAGAUGCUCUUUUUUCUAUCACUCUUUCUAUUUGUAUCUUUGGUAUGCUCAUUUCCUUCUUUUGUAGCUGAUUUAGAAUCAUAUAAGCCCAAUUUAUUAUAG